UAUGUUUUAGUAUUCUUUUUAUUUUUUGGCUGCUCAAUAGUGACCCUGACACCUGGGUUGAUAGGGUUGGUAGUUCACCUCACAAUCCGAUCGAUAGAAGAAGAAGAUUCUACAUAUAAUGUUAAUUAUAUCGAAUGCUUCGACCAAUAGACGUAGGCAAUGAAUGCUACGAGUACUACGAGAGUAAACGUGACUAUUGGUCGAAGGAAGGCUUAGCGCCGACCGCUGCGCGAAACCCAUGGAGCGGGAGCUGGUAAUCUAGAAAGAAAGAAAGAAACAUUUAUUAUUUUUCUAUCUGUCAUUAUAUUUUAUGUACACUCAUGAGCAAUAUCAUAUACCCACUUUUUAGAACCCUGUUCCAGUAUCAAAUUUGACAUUUAAUGAGGCUUACGGUUUAUUUUGUUAAAAAGUUAAUGUGAUUUGGUUUCAAAGUGUAUAUUAGUACUCGUGACGAUAUUAGGGACCUUUUCCAAGUUUAGAAACGAUUACGAUAUUGCCAGUGAUAAAAAAUAUGGGAUUGACGUGAUGUGUAACAUGUUGUGUAUGGCAAAGUUUGAGAAACGGUUUAUAAUAUCUUUGAAAGUUACAACAAAACUGGACAAACAAGGAUUCCAUCGGAGCUAGCUACCAUAUUUAAACCAUUUUACCAUAAAAAAUUCGCCAGUUUUAAUAGACCCAGCCACACGUUAUCAUGGCAUUUAAAAUACCCGUUUCAGUAAAAUUAUUGGCUGUGAUGCUGGCAUCAGUUACAGCCCAGCGUGGGCCCGGCGGCUUUGGUCAACCUGGAAUUGGACAAGGCCCGGGACAGGGAUUUGGACAACCAGUCUUAAGACAAGGUUCAGGACGACCCGGCGCAGGGCAAGCCUUUAAACCACCCGGUGCAGGACAAGGAUUCGGAUUACCUGGCCAAGGGCAAGGUUUCGGACAGCCCAUUCAAGUGCCGGGCGGUUUUGGCCCAGGUAGUUUCAAACCACCCGGCUCAGGUCAAGGAUUCGGAUUACCCGGCCAAGGGCAAGGUUUCGGACAACCCAUUCAAGUGCCAGGGGGUUUUGGACCAGGUAAUUUCGGACAAGGAGGAUAUGUCCCAGGUUUCGGACAAGGAGGAUACAUCCCAGGCUUUGGACAAGGAGGACCCGUUCAACCCGGUGGUAGUUUCGGCCCAGGAUUUGGCGGUCCCAGCUUCGGCCAAGGAGGUUUUGGUGGACUCAGUCCCGGUGGAUUUGGGGGCCCAGGCGGAUUUGGGGGUCCAGGCGGAUUCGGCGGCCCGGGUGGUUUAGGGGGCCCAGGAGCAUUUGGUGGCCCAAACGGCAACAGAAUCUAACUCUAAUUCGUGAUAUUUUAUUUAGUAUUAAGUUAUUUAUUAAA